AUGAGAUAUACUGAAAAUCUUCCUAUCGUUGAAAUUGCUCCUCAGUCGAAACACGGGAAGCUAACUUUCUUUUCACCUAUUCUGCAUUGUGAAGGGUUAGCCCAAACUGUCAACUCGGAUCUUCUUCAGUCUCAUAUCCCAGCACACACCUCAGCCAUAUUGCAAAGUGUAAACAAACAUAGGUUUUACCAGGGCAAAAAGUAUGACAUCUAGAUGGAGCAAAAUGUUUGUAAGAAACCAAGCCACGAGAAAACCCAGUCACAAUAUUUCUGCAGUUGAUAAAGAAGUCGCAAACAACUAAUGAAUGAAGAUGGAAAAACAAAGAAUGCUAAAUGGAAACAAAGUGAGUUGUACAAUAAGUCAAUAUUUGAAGAAAAACCAACUAUGCCUCUUCUCUUUAUUUCUCAACAUGGCUACUUUAAAUUCAUCAAAGAUAAAUGGUACCCUAAAAUGAAAAUAUUGUCAUUAUUG